AUGGACCAGCAAGUGGAUCUUAUUCUUAACUUCAAGGGCUCAAUCAAAGGGAGAAGAGUGAACAAUCGAGAUAGGGUGUCCGGAGCACGGCUACCGCAGAAGGACUACUUUGGUCCGAACCCAACUUUCCCCGAUGAUCCAUGGUUUUAUCGCUGUUUUCGCAUGCGAAAACCAUUGUUUCUGCGCAUUGUGGAGGGAGUGGAGGCACACGAUGACUACUUCAAGCUCGCAAGGGAUUGCUGCGGCCAACUAUCUUUCUGUACUAAGCAAAAAUGCACGGCUGCUCUGAGGAUGUUUGCACUUGGUACUGCCGCAGAUGCCGUUGGUGAGAUGGUCAUGAUGAGGAAGAGCACACGUCUUAAGACCAUUGUCAAGUUUGCCCGCGCCAUGGUGCAGGUGUUUAGACGAGAGUAUCUGAGGGAACCAAAUGUGCCGGACAUGGGAAAGUUGUUGGCUAUUGGAGUGGCCAGAGGGUUUCUAGGAAUGCUUGGAUCUAUUGAUUGCAUGUAUUGGCAAUGA